AUGCUGCCCUGGCGCCGGAGCAAAUUCGUGCUGGUGGAAAACGAACGUAAGUGCAAAAGCAAGAGCCUGGGGCCGGGGCUGAGCUACGCCGCGUUGCUGGCCGGCUUCCUGCGCUCCUGCCCGGACCUCCUGCCCGACUGCCCGCUCGAACGGCCGCUGGGCAGCGUCUUCCGCGGCAAACGCCAGAAAGUGGAGCUGAACAAGGAGGACCCGACGUACACGGUGCGGUACCUGGGCAACGCCGUCACCCUGCACGCCAAGGGCGAGGGCUGCACGGAGGAGGCGGUGGGCAAGAUCUGGGCUAAGAGCGACGCGGGAGCCGGCGGGGCCAAGAUGAAGCUGACGUUGGGACCCCAGGGCAUCCGUAUGACCCCCUGCGAGAAGGGAGCCCGCCGGCCGGGCCACGCGUACCUCCUGCACCGCAUCACCUACUGCGCCGCCGACCGCCGGCACCCCAAGGUCUUCGCCUGGGUUUACCGGCACCAGGUGAAGAACAAGGCGGUGGUGCUGCGCUGCCACGCCGUCCUGGUCUCCAAAGCCGACAAGGCGCGCGCCAUGGCCCUGCUCCUCUACCAGACCUCCGCCUCCGCCUUCAACGAGUUCAAGCGCCUCAAGAGGCAGAACGAUUUCCGCCACGUCCAGCAGCAGCUCCUGGGCGACGCCAUCGUCCCCUUGAUGCCCCUCCGCAGGCUGCUCAACGCCAAGUGUCCCUACCGCCCGCCCGCCGAGAGGGCCCGCUGCGCCCCCCGCCUCAGCUCUAUCCUGGAGGAGGAGGAGGGCGUGGUGCGCUCUGUUAAGGAGACCCUGAGCAGCCAGUUUGUGGAGAACUGCAAGGGCGUCGUUCAGAGGCUGACGCUGCAGGAGCAUAAGAUGGUGUGGAACCGAACAACCCACCUCUGGAACGACUAUGAGAAGAUCAUCCACCAGCGAACCAACACCACCCCCUUCGACCUGGUCCCUCAGGAGGAGGGCGCCGGCGUCAUCAGGGUGAUGAAGCCGCUGGACGCCGCUGAGCUCAGCCUGGAGACGGUGUACGAGAAAUUUCAUCCCUCCGUCCAGUCCUUCACCGACGUCAUCGGCCACUACAUCAGCGGAGAGCGCCCGAAGGGCAUUCAGGAGACGGAGCAGAUGCUGAAGGUGGGCACGGCGCUGACGGGGGUGGGAGAGCUGGUCCUGGAUAACGCCACGAUCAAGCUGCAGCCCCCGAAGCAGGGCAUGCCCUACUACCUGAGCGGCGUGGAUUUCGACUCCCUGCUGCAGAAACAAGAAUCGAACGUCCGGUUCUGGAAAAUCCUGACCGUCGUUUUCGGUUUUGCCACCUGCGCCGUCCUCUUCUUCAUCCUACGGAAGCAAUACCGGCAUCACCGAGAGAGGCGGCACCUCAAGCAAAUGCAGGAUGAAUUCCGGCAGGCCCAGGAGCGCCUGAUGCGCGAAAUGAACGUGGAGGGCGGAGAGACGUUCAAAAACGCCUGCGUCGUCUGCUUGAGCAACACCAAAUCCUGCGUCUUCCUGGAGUGCGGGCACGUUUGCUCUUGCAACGAGUGCUACCGGGCUCUCCCCGAGCCCAAAAGGUGCCCCAUCUGCCGGCAGGCCAUCUCCAGGGUGGUUUCCUUGUACAACAGUUAAAUGUCUGCGGCCGGAGGGAGCUUUUGGCAUUAAAGCUGCCUCUCGCGAAGGGGUUUUCUCGCCUCGCUGCUCGAGUGGUUGAUUUUGGGGAAGGGGAGGGAGCUUGAGUGAGCAGGGCGCUUCGAUUGAGCCGGGUCUUAAAAGGCGACGGUCCAGCUGAUGGGGGCUCACAUCGCGCUCCGGAGGUUUUCUGGAUGGGAGACGCGGAAUCCCCGCAAAGGGCGCGGCGCUCGGCUGGGAGAUGCGGUUUCAAGCUCUUCUGUUAAGAGUCGG